GCAGAGGGAGGGGGGAGGAGGGAGGCGCCCGAGCAGCGGCACCAGCACCAGCAGCAGCCUUCUCCCGCCCGCCCGCCCUCGCCAUGGACGACAUCUUCACGCAGUGCCGGGAGGGCAACGCCGUGGCCGUCCGCCUCUGGCUCGACAACACCGAGAACGACCUCAACCAGGGAGAUGACCACGGCUUCAGCCCCCUGCACUGGGCCUGCCGGGAGGGCCGCUCCAGCGUGGUGGACAUGCUGGUCAUGCGAGGCGCGCGCAUCAAUGUCAUGAACCGUGGCGAUGACAGCCCCCUGCACCUGGCGGCCAGCCACGGCCACCGCGACAUCGUGCAGAAGCUCAUCCAGUUCAAAGCUGACAUCAACGCGGUGAACGAGCACGGAAACACCCCGCUUCACUAUGCCUGCUUUUGGGGUCAGGAGCAGGUGGCCGAGGACCUGGUGAGCAGCGGGGCCCUUGUCAGCAUCUGCAACAAAUACGGGGAGACGCCCCUGGACAAGGCCAAGGCGCCCCUGCGGGACUUGCUGAGAGAACGUGCAGAGAAGCUGGGCCAAAGCCUGACCCGCAUUCCAUACAAAGACACCUUCUGGAAGGGCACGACACGGACGCGGCCCCGCAACGGGACUUUAAAUAAACUGGCUGGGAUCGACUUCCGGCAGCUGAGCCUGGGCCAAAAACUCAACGAGAACCAAUCAGGAGAGCUGUGGAAGGGGCGCUGGCAAGGCAACGACAUCGUCAUCAAGGUGCUGAAGAUCCGGGACUGGACGACACGGAAGAGCCGCGAUUUCAACGAGGAGUACCCGAAGCUCAGGAUCUUCUCACACCCCAACGUGCUGCCUGUACUCGGGGCCUGCCAGGCUCCACCUGCCCCCCACCCCAUCAUCAUCACCCACUGGAUGCCCUACGGCUCCCUCUACAACGUGCUCCACGAAGGCACGAACUUUGUGGUGGACCAGAGCCAGGCGGUGAAGUUUGCCCUGGACGUGGCACGGGGCAUGGCCUUCCUGCACACCCUGGAGCCGCUCAUCCCUCGCCACCACCUGAACAGCCGCAGCAUCAUGAUUGAUGAGGACAUGACUGCACGAAUCAGCAUGGCGGACGUCAAGUUCUCCUUCCAGUGCCCAGGCAGGAUGUAUGCCCCUGCGUGGGUGGCGCCGGAGGCUCUGCAGAAGAAGGCCGAGGAGAUCAACCGCCGCUCUGCAGACAUGUGGAGUUUUGCCGUGCUGCUCUGGGAGCUGGUGACGCGGGAGGUGCCCUUCGCGGAUCUUUCCAACAUGGAGAUUGGCAUGAAGGUUGCCCUGGAGGGCCUGCGGCCCACCAUCCCCCCCGGCAUCUCCCCCCACAUUUGCAAGUUGAUGAAGAUCUGCAUGAACGAGGACCCAGCCAAGCGCCCCAAGUUCGACAUGAUCGUCCCCAUCCUGGAGAAGAUGCAGGAGAAGUGAGGGGCGGGGGGAGUCUGCCUCCCUCUUCUGCGACGCUUGCGCCCUGCCCUGCCCAAGAAGUGCCUUUCGGGGGGGGGGGGGAGGUGCCACCACAGUGCAGCCCCUUCCCUGAGACCAUACGGUACAGCUGGAGCCACUGCCUGGCCCCCCUCUUGCAGGAGCCGGGGGGCUUGCUUGCUGUAGCUGCCUUGUCCUUCAGUCCCUUGUAACCAGCCCCCCCUCACUGCUUCAACAUGCCCCCCCCAUAAGGCAAGCUCACGCUCUGCCGCCUGCAGCCACUGCCUCCGUCUGUGACUGUUUUUACUUUUUCUACGCAGCUCUGAGGCCACGAAAUAAACGGUUAUUAUUAAAGGACA